CCGGCAGCAGAGCAGAAAAGGGAUGCUGCAGCAGCACAGGGCUGUCCCACUGCAGAGCAGCUGCAGAGCACAGCAAACUGGCACCAGCCCUUCACCAGGACCAGCUGACAGCUGCAGGAUCUAAAGCCACUGCCUGCCUGGCCCACUGGAAGGAUUGCCUGACUAGAGAGCAGCAGCGUUACCCGCUGGAGGGGCUGAGGGAGGGAGGGCUGGAGCAAGGAGACAUUGCAGCAUUGACCAAUCUAGAAGACCAGGGUGGGCUCCUUUGGCUGCAGCAGUGCGGCGGAUGCCACAGAAACUUCUGUUUUGAUUUUUUUGCUCACUCCACCCGAAAUGAGGCACCCUCAGAAGAGAUUAAGGACUAUUAACCUCUCAUGUGCCUAACAAGCAUGGCUGUUACCUCUGAGCUGACAUGGAGUUAACCCUGUGCGCCUUGGUUCCUGCCAUAAGAUUUCCAGUUUGCAUUAGGGGAGAACAUUAACCUAAAGCCAAUCAGUCAUGGUGGUCCAGGAGUGUCCUUCAGAGAGUCCAACCCUAUUUCGGACAUAGCCAUGAACAGCUGCCGGUACAACGGGGGAAUCCCAAGACCCCUUAGCAGCCUGGGCUCCUCUAGAAGAAACCUACAUGAUACAGACCCUGAGACCCAGCCCUUGCAGACCCUACAUAGCCCUGGACUAGAAGUGGUGGUGUCCAAGAACGACCCCAUCAAGACAUCACACCGCAGCUUACGUGGAGAAGAGGGAAGUCAGGGGGCCCCAAAGGGCCAAAAAAAGAACCAGAACGUGGGUUACAAGCUAGGCCACCGGCGAGCGCUAUUUGAAAAGAGGAAACGACUUAGUGAUUACGCUCUCAUAUUUGGAAUGUUUGGUAUUGUGGUCAUGGUCACUGAAACAGAGCUGUCCUGGGGGGUCUACACUAAGGAAUCCUCUUAUUCGUUUGCACUGAAAUGCCUUAUCAGCCUCUCAACUGCUAUCCUGCUUGGCCUCAUUAUCAUGUACCAUGCCAGAGAAAUCCAGCUUUUCAUGGUGGACAAUGGAGCGGAUGAUUGGAGAAUAGCCAUGACUUAUGAGCGAAUAUUUUUUAUCACCCUGGAGCUGACUGUGUGUGCCAUCCAUCCCAUCCCUGGACAGUACUCCUUCACCUGGACUGCUCGUCUGGCCUUCUUCUACACCACCUCGGUGGCCAAUGCCGACAUAGACAUCAUCCUGUCCAUACCCAUGUUCUUGAGGCUUUAUCUGAUUGGACGUGUGAUGCUACUCCAUAGCAAGCUGUUCACUGAUGCUUCCUCUAGGAGCAUUGGAGCUCUGAACAAGAUCAACUUUAAUACUCGCUUUGUAAUGAAGACACUUAUGACUAUCUGCCCUGGCACUGUGCUUCUAGUAUUCAGCAUCUCCUCCUGGAUCAUAGCAGCAUGGACAGUUCGAGUGUGUGAAAGGUACCAUGACAAACAGGAGGUGACCAGUAACUUUCUGGGUGCCAUGUGGCUCAUUUCAAUUACGUUCCUGUCCAUUGGGUAUGGAGACAUGGUGCCCAAUACAUACUGUGGCAAGGGAGUCUGCCUACUAACUGGCAUCAUGGGUGCAGGCUGUACAGCUCUGGUGGUUGCUGUAGUUGCAAGAAAAUUGGAGCUUACCAAAGCUGAAAAACAUGUGCACAACUUUAUGAUGGACACACAACUUUCAAAGCGGGUGAAAAAUGCAGCUGCCAACGUGCUCAGGGAAACGUGGCUCAUCUACAAACACACCAAGCUUGUGAGGAAGAUCGACCAUGCUAAAGUACGCAAACAUCAACGCAAGUUCCUGCAAGCGAUUCACCUGUUGCGAAGUGUGAAAAUGGAGCAAAGAAAACUCAAUGAUCAGGCCAACACCUUGGUAGAUCUAGCAAAGACGCAGAAUGUGAUGUACGACCUCAUGUCUGAUCUACAAGAACGUAACGAUGACCUUGAGAAGAGGAUAAUAACCUUGGAGACUAAGAUUGACUCCUUAAAUGCCUCCCUCCAUGCUCUGCCAGGGCUCAUCGCUCAGGCCCUGCUCAGAGAGCAGGGAGAACUCUUCCUUCUUCGCUCUCACCGCCCCUUUCCCCCAUCUAACAGCUCGGACAAUUCGUGGAGUCCGCCACGCAGGCGUACCUCUCCUUCCACCGCCCCCCACACCUCUUCAGACAGUGGCUAAAGAGGGGAGUGGAAAGAUGAAGUCUUGAUUGGGAAUAGUAGAGUGAAGACUCACUAAUUAUCCAUAGCCACUGUGUGGUUUGAUUAUGUCAGCUUUUUUUCUUAAAAGCCUUGGAUAUUUGUUAACCCCUGCGGGUUCUUUUGAAAAUGCUGGAGUGAAAGUUCUAUCAAAAUUAACAAAAAAUGUUUGUGUAAACACGCACACGUGUGUACGCGCAGUGGCGCGAUUAUCCCCUACCUGCAAUAUACCGGUAGCUGAGUAUAAGCAGUCAUGGGGUAAGGUCCAGUCUAGACAGAUUUCUUAAAUAACCCGCUAAUUAUUUUUCAAAAUGAAAUUUAUUUUCUUGAAAAAGUAGAAAUCAAUUGGCUGCCUGAUUUUAUUUUUAAUGCAUUUUCAGAGUUCUUGCAGUCCUGGUUUUCCACAGACAGUGGGCAGGCAGCCAUAUUUUUUUUGUUUUACAAAAUAUAUUUUGGAAAGGUUAGAAAAUUGAGGAGGGUCUGUGUGUGCGACCCCCUUUGAUAUUAUGGGCUUGAGUGUAAGUGGACUUUAGGUUGGUGAACGUGCGUGUGGGUGUUUACAUACAUAAAUAUAUGUAAGCAUGUAUAUAUAUAUAUAUAUAUAUAUAUAUAUAUAAUAUAUAUACAUACUGAAUAAAGCAGAACUCUGUAUUUUUUUAAAACUUUCGUUGCUGGAGUAGUGUAACAUGUAAUAUACCAGUGUUACUGCCCCACUGGGUGGCAAGUAUUUAAGUAGAGUGGCUAGGUGGAUGACACUUGAGAUUGGCACCAAGUUCUUAGAAAAAAUGGAAGAAAAGAAAACGAAACUGAUAAACUGACUGAUAAAGAAAACAUAAGAAACAUUUAAAAGAACAAUCAUUUCCCUCCAAGUAGUAAAAUUGAGAUAGCUAAAGUAGUAGAAUGUUUGCUUCUUUAACUCUCCCAACAGUCUUUGCUUAGUUUAAUGUUUUACUGUAGUUUAACUGUAAUUUUCCAAUGGGUAUAUAAAUGUGUGAUGAAAACAAAGACUAUACAUUGUUUUAGGGAAUUAAACCAAAUGUUCAUGAGAACAGUCC